AAUUUUUCUUUUUGUCUCUAUCAGUACAAAUAAUUUAUUACCUUCUCACUGUAAAGUAAUGGAAACUAAUUGCGAGUGUCAAUAUACAUUGAUGGUGAUGAAUGAAAUAGUGCAAGGACAGUUGUCUGAAACUAAAGAUAAUUUCAAUUAUGUACCCAGUAUUCAUGAAGUGGAUGAAGAAGAUACCGAUGAGGAAUAUGUUUAUGACCAAGAUUCAACUACUCCAAAUGAGGUCCAACAAGACUUGGACCUAACAAAAACUACAACAGAUGAUGAUUCAAUAUACAGUAAUGAAUCAUUCUGUUCUGAUGAAUCUGAAGAAACCAAUAAUACAUCAAGAACUUUAAUUGACUCAAAUUAUACUCCCAAAAUAACUGGUCGUGACUGUGAAGAAGAAGAAGAAGAAGAAGAAGAAGAAAAUGAAGAGGAUGAAGAAAAAUGUGAUAGCACAAUACCGGAUAGGGAAAAUAUAAAUUCACUUUGUUGCAGAAGUUCAGCAUCUGACAAAACUGUAGCAUUUAAAACAGUGAAAUGCAGAAGAAAAAAUAUGAGUUUCACAGAUGAAGAGCUUAGAAAGAUUGAGUGGGAGAAUCAAAUUCUUUUGAGAAAAAUAAUGGCUCAACAAAAACCAAAAGAGAAAAUACUUUAUGAAAAUGUACCACAACCCAGAAUAAGCAGUUCAGCGAUUAACAGGAAGAAAUUGCAAAAGAAAAUUGAAAGUGAAAAUAUUUUACUUCUUCAAAGGUUACAACAAACUAAAUCACGCCUUAUGCACACUACAAAAAAACCUGGAUGCAGACAAACGAUUUUGUAACUUUUAAUAAACAAAUUUUUUAUAUAUUUUAUAUAAAUCAGAUUAGUUUUUCCAUGCUUCAAUGUGAUAAGGUUUUUACUUUUUAUAAUAACAGGGUAUAGUACAAAUCACGAUUGUGAUAUAGUUUACUCUAUGUGCCAUUUAACAUAAUGCCAGAAUUGAUAUAUAACUUUGGAACAAAAUCACUGAUUAUAAAGAAAACCACUUUUUAAUGGUACACGUGUGAGAGAAAUGACUGAUGUGUUACAUAAAAUGUUAUUCAUACUGCAUACAAAUAAAGUGCGUAUGUAUGAUGAUUAAAACACAGCAAUUACCAGUCUUGAAGUGUAGGUACACAUUUUUAUUUUGUUUUGUAUACAUCACAACUUUGUAAAAUGUUUUGAAAACUUACCGAAGAAAUUUCUACAAGUCAAGACUAUAAAAAUCACAGUUCUCACUCGUUCCAAGUAACUUAAUUAUUACCUUUUUAUUUUUUUUUGUGUAACACCAAGACCAACGUUCUCUGAGUAUUGUGAUCACCUUUUUAUAUACGUUUUGUGUAGAAAGUACAACAGAAAUAAAGACGAUAGAACCGAGAGGCAAAACCUUUAUAAAUCA